AAGUCGGUGUUUCAAGAUGGUGACACCAAUUGAAUUAUCGUCUCUGCGCCCGAACACACGACAUCGUCUAACAGGGAGACCACCUGAACCAAACCAACGAUGGACUCAAAUAGACCAUAUUGUCAUCAGUCAUCGUUGGAGAGGUCAAUAGAUUGUCGCUCGUAUUGGAAUACUUGUUUAGAUUCUGAUCACUCUUUAAUACGAGCACGCAUUUGUCUGCGCCUCAAUGGACGCAGGAAAAGUGCACUAAGAAGACCCAUUAGGAUUGAACUGGAGGACGAGAAAGCCAAAUGCGAAUUCCAGAAACAACUGAGUGCACAUCUAGGCAGUUCUGUAAACGAGACUGACCCAGAUGCUGCUUGGAAAGAAGUACGAACAGCUGUGGAAACAGCAGUAACAUCUAUUUUAUUAUUAUUUAUUUAAACACAUAAAUAUUGGUACAAGGAAGCACCAGAUAAAUAUGCGCCAUACAAAUCUCUUUCGAUUUGUG